AUGGGGUUCCAAGAGUUCUUUACUCUCCAAGCCCGGCCCGAGGCCAAGCUUGACACGCCUGUAGAGUCCCUCGUCCACUUGGCCCACUUGGCCAAGACACCAGGAACACGUACAUACUCAGGUGGUUCAGAAGAUCAAAUACCCCUCGGCCAGGUCUCUGACCAUCUCUCUAGGGUUAUCAUAGCGGAGGAUAGCAGCACGGAGGAUAGCAACACGGAGGAUAGCAGCACGGAGGAUAGCAACACGGAGGAUAGCAACACGGAGGAUAGCAACACGGAGGAUAGCAACACGGAGGAUAGCAGCACGGAGGAUAGCAACACGGAGGAUAGCAGCACGGAGGAUAGCAACACGGAGGAUAGCAACACGGAGGAUAGCAGCACGGAGGAUAACAACACGGAGGAUAGCAACACGGAGGAUAGCAGCACGGAGGAUAGCAGCACGGAGGAUAGCAACACGGAGGAUAACAACACGGAGGAUAGCAACACGGAGGAUAGCAGCACGGAGGAUAGCAACACGGACGAUAACAACACGGAGGAUAGCAACACGGAGGAUAGCAGCACGGAGGAUAGCAACACGGAGGAUAGCAACACGGAGGAUAGCAACACGGAGGAUAGCAGCACGGAGGAUAGCAGCACGGAGGAUAGCAACACGGAGGAUAGCAACACGGAGGAUAGCAACACGGAGGAUAGCAACACAGAGGAUAGCAACACGGAGGAUAGCAGCACGGAGGAUAGCAACACGGAGGAUAGCAACACGGAAGAUAGCAACACGGAGGAUAGCAACACGAAGGAUAGCAACACGGAGGAUAACAACACGGAGGAUAGCAACACGGAGGAUAGCAGCACGGAGGAUAGCAACACGGAGGAUAGCAGCACGGAGGAUAGCAACACGGAGGAUAACAACACGGAGGAUAGCAACACGGAGGAUAGCAGCACGGAGGAUAGCAACACGGACGAUAACAACACGGAGGAUAGCAACACGGAGGAUAGCAGCACGGAGGAUAGCAACACGGACGAUAACAACACGGAGGAUAGCAACACGGAGGAUAGCAGCACGGAGGAUAGCAACACGGAGGAUAGCAGCACGGAGGAUAGCAGCACGGAGGAUAGCAACACGGAGGAUAGCAACACGGAGGAUAGCAACACGGAGGAUAGCAACACGGAAGAUAGCAACACGAAGGAUAGCAACACGGAGGAUAGCAACACGGAGGAUAGCAACACGGAAGAUAGCAACACGAAGGAUAGCAACACGGAGGAUAGCAACACGGAAGAUAGCAAGACGGAAGAUAGCAACACAAGGUGCUGA